UACUGCAGUCUGGGACAGCUCAGGCAAGAUGGAACAGAGUUUGCUGUUACCGGUGGUGAUCGGGGCGGCUGUUGUUGCUUUCACCGUGCUGUACUUGUUCUUCCGAUCAGUGAGCUCAUACCACAAGAAGAGAGGAAAGAAAUCACCCGUUACAUUACAGGAUCCCUCUGCAAAAUAUGCAUUGCCUUUAAUAGAUAAAAAGGAAAUUAAUCACGAUACCAAGAGGUUCACAUUUGGCCUCCCAUCUCCAGAUCAUGUCCUUGGCCUGCCUAUAGGACAACAUGUGUAUCUGUCUGCUAAAGUGAAUGGAAAUCUGGUAAUCCGAGCCUACACACCAGUCUCAAGCGAUGAAGACAAGGGUUUUGUGGAUCUGGUUGUAAAGGUGUACUACAAAAACAUGCACAAAGAUUACCCUCAAGGAGGAAAAAUGUCCCAAUAUCUGGACAACAUGAACAUUGGAGAUACAGUGGAUUUCAGAGGCCCUAAUGGACUACUUGUAUAUAAAGGAAAAGGGAAGUUUGAAAUCCGUCCAGACAAAAAGUCAGAGGCAAAAGUGAAGCACAUUAAGAAUCUUGGAAUGAUAGCUGGAGGAACAGGAAUUACUCCAAUGUUGCAGCUAAUCCACCAAAUAACAGCUGACCCUGAAGACAAAACAAAGUGCUACCUACUUUUUGCAAAUCAGAGUGAAAAGGACAUCCUCCUGAGAGCAGAGCUGGAAGACGUGGCUCGGAAUCACGCUGAUCAGAUCAAGCUGUGGUACACCCUGGACAAAGCCCCGCAGGGUUGGAAGUAUGGCACUGGAUUCAUUAAUGCCGAAAUGAUUAAAAAUCAUCUGCCUCCUCCAGCAAAUGAUGUCCUAGUUUUAAUGUGUGGUCCACUACCCAUGAUUCAGUGUGCAUGCCAACCCAAUCUGACAAAACUGGGAUACAAGAUGGAGGACAUGUUUACUUACUGAGAAGCAGCCUUGAUCUCAUUGAGGAAAGUGUAUGACACAUAUUCUGUUUCACUUAUUAUUUCUUAUAAUAAGACAAAUUAUAAGAAAUGUGAAAUGACUUUCCUCACUCUUGAAGACAGUUAUGACUUUCUCUUUAUGGACUAAUAUAUGUUAAAAUAUAGGAAUCUGUGUUUGUAAUACCUUUUUAAGAAACCAAUACCAAUAAAGCUUAAUUAAAGAAUAACUGAAAACAGUUAAUCCAAUCUCAUUUUAUUACAUCAAAAAUAUUUAAUACUGUUAAUGUAACAUGAAAAUAUGCAGACACAGGAAUUAAACAGCUGUUGGGAAAAAAUAUUUGUAUAUUUGAACUACUUUAAUAUUUAAUUUCCUAGUUCCCAGUUAGAUAGAGCAUGAAAACAACAACAUCAGUAAUUAAAAGAGAAAAAAAGAUCUAAUAAGCAUGCAUUUUUUACUUUAUUAAACUGAAAUGUAGAAUAUUAGACAGGAUAUUAGAAGUGCUACUUUACAAGGAUUGAGCAUUGAUUAUAGGUGUUUAAGCAAUGCAUGUAAUAUAAUUAUAAAUAGCAAUUUGAUAGUAAGAGCAGAUUUAGAACCAUUUUACUUAAAACCCAUCUGCGUUAGACCCUCCAAUCUUAUGUUGCAUUUUAUAAUGUAUGAUAUUUUGUGUUACAGGUACAGAAAUGUAGCGGACAAUAUAAUUUGGAAAUCCUAAAAAACAUGAUGCCUGUUUAAUAAUGUUCAUGGUCAAUGGUUUUUUAAUUACAGGAGGCGCGUAAUUAACAGCUGUGUAUAUGAAAGUCCCACUCCCAGGUGUGCAAUAAGGUGUUACUUUAAAUUCAUUACCUUAAGAAAUUUCACACGGUCAUCACGCACUGUUUCCCUGUUACUUAUUAACUCCACACAUGACCUGUAGAAAAUGUAGGUAAACAUGAUUUUAUUUAUCUUAUUACCAUAAAAUUAUAAAUCUUUAAUACGUCACAACAAGUGUCUUCUUCAGAUCUCUUCUUUUCUCUCUUUUGAUGACAGUUGGCAAUUAGCAGUGUGACUUAGCGGGUGACUUAUUUUAAGUGAAGUGAGGUGAAAAUGUUUCCUCUUACACCUCAGAAGGAAUCUCAGGAGGAUUCAAAGGUAUUAAUAGUGCAGUGAAUCGUCAUGAGUUCUAUAAAGGAAAAUGUUGUUUUGGGGUAGUUUCAAUGUUCUCCACGAAUAUUGGAAAAAUAAUUGGUGUGUCUUAAAAAAUGUGGACAGGCUUAUGGCUUAAAAGCCUUGUAGCUGGACUGCCCAUGUGACUGAAGUCCUUUGUCCUGGAAAUUAUAUACUAUAAAUUACAUAAGGGUUUGCACGCGAUCUUUGGACUAAAAAUUCAGAUUGCAGUUGGUUGUAAAUCAGAAACCAGAAACAGAUCAAGUUCAAACAGUACAGGGAGAGACGUGUAAAAUAAGUUGUAAAUCUUCGAUUAGCGGGUUGUUGCUUGUAAUAAAAGGGUUUCCAAUCCAGGCACUUA